ACGCGCGCACGCAGUAGCGAGCGUCUCAUCAAACCAGAGCGGAGCCCAAGAGGAGCUAAACAUGGCGACCUCGAAUAAUCCGCGCAAAUUCAGCGAAAAGAUCGCGUUGCACAAUCAGAAGCAAGCGGAAGAGACUGCUGCGUUCGAGGAGGUGAUGAAAGACCUGAGUAUUACUCGGGCGGCCCGUUUACAAUUACAAAAGACUCAGUAUUUACAGCUUGGUCAGAACCGAGGACAGUACUAUGGCGGCUCUUUGCCAAAUGUCAAUCAGAUUGGAAACACCUCUAUUGACCUUCCCUUUCAGAAUUCAGGAUUGGACACAAAUAGAACAACUCGUCACCAUGGGCUGGUGGACAGGGUCUAUCGGGACAGGAAUCGCAUCACGUCGCCACACCGCAGACCUCUCUCUGUGGACAAACAUGGGCGUCAAAUUGAUAGCUGUCCGUAUGCCUCUGUGUAUCUGUCACCCCCACCUGAUACCAGCUGGAGGAGGACCAACUCAGACUCUGCCCUGCACCAGAGCACUUUUAACCCAAACCCACAAGAUGCAUUUGCAGGAGGAUCUCAAGAUUUCCAGCCAAAACAAGUUCUUCUUCUCACUAUGGCAGGAACAGGGGAAUCUGAGAGUGACAUGGACAACGGAGGUCAAAAGCAGAUAUGGGAUCACAAAAAGACUACUUCAACAAGGCACGAGUCAAACAAUAUACCUGGAAUCAACAUAUUUCCAUCUCCAGAUCAGGAAAUGACUACAUCUCUAAUCCCAGCGGCACACAACACGGGCGGCUCUCUGCCAGACCUGACCAACAUCCAGAUUCCCCCUCCUCUCCCCACACCUCUGGACCCUGAUGACUCCUCGUCCUCUUUUAGUACCUCCAACAGCACUGGCAACCUGGCCAACACUCACAUGGGCCACACUUCUGCCAGCCAAGCCCAGCCCACAGUGACCGUGAGCAUUCAGCGCCGGCAUGAGAAUGUAGUUCCUCUGAUCCUCAACACAGACUCGCAGCAGCACCAGAGUCUUCAGCAGCUGUCGCCCACCCUCUCUCCUCCGCUCUCUAUAGCACAGGCGGUGGCGAUAGAUGCCAUGUCGCUGGAGCAACAGUUGGCUCAGUAUGCUUUCUUCAGUCAGCCGUCUACACAGACACAGGGGGUCCAGCUCCAGCAGAACACCCAGCUGCCACCGGUCUCAUGCAACCAGACACAAACCUCUGUGGGCAUUGAUAUUAACACGGCUGCUUCCCUCCAGCAGUACCGCUGUAGGGUGGGGUCUUCGGCCAAUCAGUCUCCAACCUCUCCGGUCUCCAAUCAAGGCUUCUCUCCGGGGGGCUCGCCUCAACACUCAUCUAUUUUCGGAAGUGUCUUUGGCGAUGCCUUUUACGACCAGCAGCUGUCCCCUCGGCAGACCAGCUCUUUGUCUCAGCAGCUGGAACAGUUCAACAUGAUUGAGAAUUCCUUCGGCUCAAGCAGUAUGUACACUGAGGGAUCCACUCUAAACUACUCUCAUGCUGCGAUGCUUAACCUCACUGGGACCCACGGCAACAUGCAGGACGCACCGCAGCUAGGCUACAGCAGCCAUGGGAAUAUCCCCAACAUCAUUUUCACAGGUGACGUGAGCUUUGACGCAGAUUCCCAGUUCCCUCUGGAUGAGCUGAAAAUCGAUCCGCUGACGCUGGACGGCCUGCACAUGCUCAACGAUCCAGACAUGAUUCUGGCCGACCCUGCAACAGAAGACGCUUUCCGGAUGGACAGGCUGUAAUCAUUAGGUAUAUGAUGUUCAUUUGUCCUUUUUUGAGAUCGGUGUGAUUAAGUGGGAGAGGAGCAGCAUGUCUGGGGAACACCUGACCCUGUUUCUCAAAGCCUAUCCUCUGGGAAGAUAUUGCUGAGAAUCUUGCCACAGCAUGCUAGGGGGAAAAUGGAAAAGCAGUGCUGCCACAUCUAAUGAAUCAACCAUUUGAGCAAGCAGCCCAUCGUUUCUUAGGAUAAUACACUCGCACCUCAGCAAUUGUGGUUCCUUUAGCUCUAUAGAGAGAUUGUGACACUACAUAAGAUCCCUCAACGUUCAAGCAUUUCAUUUCCUGUAGAAGCCUCUCCUCUUCUUUCUUAUGCCUGCCAUACAUGCCUGUUACUUUCCUUUUUUUUCUUUAAAUAUAAAUAUUUAGUUAUGCACUUUUCUACAUGCAUAUGCCACAAAAAACAUGGUUUUUGAUCUGUUUUGAAUUUAUUUUCUCCAAGACAAAUAUACAAAUAUUUCUUGCUUGUAAGAA